GAGGCACCAGGACCCAGCGUCCGACCAAUGACUCACCAUGACUGAGCCUCCCAGAUAUUCCACGAUUUUUUUUUCGCUGUCUUCCUAAUAUGGUUGCGAGCAGGAGGCAUAUUUUCUCAAGUCCCCCCUCUCCUUUCCCGUUCAGUCAAUGGGGAUGGGAUGUGCGAUCCCAGCAGGAGGGGAAAAAGCGCCCUCACUCGUAUUAAAUGGGUGCAUAGCCAGCCAGCAAGACUUCAAUAAAAAUGUGAGACAAAGUGUAGGGGGAGAGAGAUCUGAAUGUUGUUUGCUCUCUCUCCAUCGGAUCUUCUUUCCAGACAGAAACUAUGGAACGUUUCUUCCUCCUCCUGAUAGCUGUUCGCACUGUGACAACAACUUCCCGACCAAUGGACUUCCAUCCUUGCCAGACGAUAGAGGCAGAAGCAUUAUGCCAGAACAGAGACCUUAACAUAAUCCCCACGGGUCUCCCUUUCGACAUAUGGAAACUGGAUUUAUCUGUUAAUCGCAUUAAGAGGUUGACAGUGGAGAAUCUGACUCUGUACAACUCCAUUCAGUACCUGGAUUUACAAUCUAACCACCUGGAGUUUAUCCAACCAGGGACCUUUGCCAGUCUGUCUCACCUGGAGGUGCUUAACCUUGCAAACAAUCUCUUGGAUCUCAGCAAAUAUGGGCUUGGCAGGCUACCAUAUGUGAAAAGGUUGGAGCUGUCUGGUAACAGUUUGUAUACUGACGCCGUUGAGGAUUUUCUGAAAGAGGCGCCCUUUCUCGAAGAGCUGUCCUUGGCGAGGAACAGCAUCACCAAGCUCUCGGACCACACCUUCCGAGGGUCCCCGUCUUUGACCCAUGUAAACCUACAGCACAACAUCAUCAUUGAGAUUGAGUCGGGGGCGUUUCAAUCGCUGGCCAACCUGUCUGUGCUCGAUCUGGCCAUGAACUCCAUACCCUGCAUCUCUGACUUCGACCUCAAGCAACUUCAGGUCUUGAACUUGAGUAAGAACAGCAUUGAACACUUCCUCAUGGCUGAAUCGGAGGAGGAGUACUCCCUGCAGUGGUUGGAUCUCAGUGAUAACAAUUUGCUCUAUUUUCCGGCUUUUCCCAGGAGAAACCGCCUCCAGCACCUUGACCUGUCACGGAAUUCAGUUCAAGGGCUUUCCUUACCACCCUCCCAUCUGGAAGGAACCCUGAAUCGGAAACUGCAAACAAAUGUGACCAAGUCCUCCCUGUCUCUCCACUUGACUGAAUUGGUCUAUUUGGAUCUAAGCUACAAUGAGAUAACCUCCAUCCCAUGGGAAUUCUUCCGAAGCAUGAACUCAUUGAGGUUCCUGAACCUCAGCAGGAACUGCUUGCAUAGUUUCGUCAUCGGUGAAGCCAAUGUGCUGAACUCGCUGGUCAACCUCGACUUGGGUUCCAACGCUUUGCUGAACCUGUCACUGGCCAGGGGCAGCCUCAACCACCUGGACCAUCUGCACCUUCAAGACAACCAACUGCAGAAUCUACCUUCCAAUAUCUUCAGGGGCCUGAACAGGAUUCGGAUCAUUAGCCUUUGUAACAACAAUGUGAACAUUUGUUGGGGCACCCAUUGGCCCAUGGACCAUGAGCAUGGGUGCAUAAUUUUCUCCCAAAUCAAUACACUUAGGUAUUUAUAUCUGCAUAACAACAACAUUAAGUACUUGCCUCCUCAUGCCUUUCAUCAAACUCCACUUGUAGAGCUGGACCUUUCUAUGAAUCCUGGAAUGCAGGUUCAUCCUGAGGCUCUGUCCGAUCUGGAGGCUUCAUUGACCAACCUGUCUUUGAAAGGCAAUAGGCUUCUUUCAUUGGCUGUGAACCUUUCACGUCUUUCCAGUCUCCGGACACUGGACGUGUCGGAGAACCAGUUGACUGAGCUUACCAUCUCCAGCAGGAGCUUGUCGCUAGAAACUGUGGAUCUGCGCAACAACCAGUUCAGCACUUUGCAGCAGACCUCCAUGGAGCUGCUGAAUGGGACCCUCUGCAACCUGCUGCUCUCUGGCAACCCAUUUGACUGUUGCCGGUCCACCGGAAUCCGGUGGCUGACGUGGGUCAACGUGCCAGACAAGUGGUCCGUGCUGUGCCAUUACCAGACCAAAGAUGGAUACUUGCAAGCACAAUUGUUUAGCCCACGGCCCAGUCUCUGCCAAGAGGACACACGAGAUUGGGCGACGUGGAGUCUUUUAUUGAUGAUAUUAAUGAUCGUAGUAUUUCUCACCAUUGUCGUAGCUCUGGGAUGCUGCCUGGCACGAAGGCAGAAGGUCAAAAGGAUGUUCCUUCAUCAUGUAAAAGCCUAGGCAAUGGGCUUUAUCUUUUCUUUGUCAGUGUUUAAAUGAAGUGAAGCGGGGAGAGUAAAUGUUGUAUGUAAUCCAUAUAUCUGGUCAGCACAACCCAAGGUUUUUGUAAAGAAGGCCAAGCAUUUUGCAUUGGCUUCUCUCAUCUUUUAUAAAUUGGCCUUCUCCUCAAAAUAAAGAGGCUCGCGGUACCCAGCAAUUCAUGGAAUUGCUCAGCAAAUUGAUUUCAGACUAGACUGCUGUUCCUACAUCAUAGUGAUAAUAAGAACUGUGGCCUUAAAAGGCAGUGGCCAGGCUAAACCAUGGAUCCACGUUGCUACUUUAAGUUCAGCAGUCUACCCCAACUGCUCACGAUAAAUGGCACAGUUGACCAGGUAGCAUAAUAUGGUGGAAGCAAAUUCGACAGUAAUUUUAGAACGGUCAUAGCAAACAAAGGAAAAGUGUUUACAGAGCUCCAGGGAAAGGGUAGGACUGUAUCACUUGCAUCAAACUUUCAGGUGGCUGUCACAGGCCCAGUGGCCCAAAUGGCCUCUUUUGGUAGUUUCUCAUUUUGCAUAAAACUGGUUCACCCAUCCUCAUUGUUUUUAAAAUCUGUUAGACAGAGCUGUUUUAGAGUUGGUGAUGGGAUUGUAGACUGGGUGAUUUAAUACCAUGACAUAAAGACUAGGGGGUCUGAACUUCAGUCUGUGACAAAUUCUCAAUCGAAAUGUCCAAUUCAAUUGCUGCCAAGGCUUUGUGGGGGUGGAAAAAAAUACAUUUUUUACCAUUAUUCAACAAGCAGGAGAGAAUGGGAUUUGUGGAUUGGGUUAGGCGAAUAGGGACUGUGAAAGUUUUGGAUGUUGUGUAAUAUACUAAUUGGGCCGAAUGGACUUUUUCUCUGCUGUGUAUUCUCUCCCAUUCUGACUCUUUUUGGAAGUGUCACUGUUGAUAACAGCCAGCUGUGAUACCACCCCAUUAUCAAAUUGCCAACUCAUUCCUGACACCUAGGAUCCUUUGGUAGUGCCCAGAUUCCCAAUUUUCAGCCAAUUCGAUUCACUCCAUGUGAUAGCAUGAAACAGCUGAAGCCACUGCAAAGUAAAUGGGAAUGAAGAGAAUUCCAGCAAUAGUACUGAAGACUUGUUUUCCAGAACAUGCUGCACCCCUAGCCAAGCUGGCACAUAUCCAACAAUGUGGAAAAUUGUCUAGGUGUGUCCUGUCCACAAAAAGCAGGAUGAAUCCAAGUCGUUUACUAAAGCAUCGCCAUUACCAGUUACUCUCAAUCAUUAGUAAAAUGAUGGAAGGUGUCAUUUACAGUGCUAUAAAGUGACCAGAAUUCCUAAUGAUAGUGCCCUUGGCCAAGCGUCUUCAGCUGUUUCAUCAAUGACCUUCUCUCUCCAUCAUAAGGUCAGAAAUGGGAUAUUUGCUGAUGGCCUAAUGCUCAGCACCAUUUGCAACUGCUUAGAUAUUGAAGCAGUCCGUGUUCAAUUGCAGCAAGAUCUGGACAAUACCCAGGCUUGGGCUGACAAGUGGCAAUCACACCGUACACAUGCCAGGCAGUGACUGUCUGCGAUAAGAGACAAUCUAACCAUUGUAUCUUGACGUUAAUGGCAUUACCAUCACUGAAUGUCCACUAUCAACAUAUUGGGGAUUACAAUGAACCAGAAACUGAACUGGACAAGUCAUAUAAAUACAACCAACUUGGUUCCUGACCCCCCAAAGCCAGCCCACCAAGUACCAGGAGCAAGUCAGAGUGUGAUGGAACACUCCCCACUUGUCUGGAUGGGCACAGCCCCAAAAAACACUUAAAAAACUUGACACCAACCAGGGCAAAGCAGCCCACUUGAUUGGCCCACCACCUCCAGUGUUCACUUCCUUCACCACCAUCUUUACACACUUUCAGCAGUAUGUACCACAUACAAGAUGCACUGCGGUGACUCACUGAGGCUCCUUUGACAGGACCUUCUAAACCUAUGACCUCACACAACGGGAGCAGAUACAUGGGAGCAGUACCAGCAAGUUCCCUCCCAAAAACGGAAAGCAAGUGCAGUGAGUGAGGAACCAGAAGAACACACACAGAUUGUGAAACUGAGAAAUCCUCUGGACAUUUGUGGAGUGAUACUUGGGGAAUACGCUGGAUUAUCAUUAGAAUAAAUUCAUAAACAAAUAUCCUCCAGACAAUUUUACCAAUUCAUCUUUUAAGACCACCCUUGACAGGACAACAUUGGUGUGUAUCUUCAUCACAUUUGACCAACAGAAGGCCGAGGCUUCAGAGGUCAGACAGCAGUCAAUAUAGAGACAGAAAUCGGAGAGGGGGACUAGCUGGGAUGCCCUUGCUUGUGACGGUGGGAGACUAGGAAGAUGGCCAACAGUCAAAGGAGAUACCGAAUCUCAUCCAGACGCAGCAGGAACAAGUGAUGAUCGUGUUUCUAUAUUUGCAGCAGAAAAUAUUUUGGGCAAAAGCAUUGGUUAAAGCCAAACAGCUCCAGACGGUCGGAAAAAUAUGGAAGGAAAAACAGACCAAAUGAAUACUGCACUCAACAAAUAAUCUAUUGAGUUAAUUAUUAUACACUUAAUUAUUUUUCCGAAUGGGAGUUCAUUAAAAAAUACACCACUCAGCUGACGUAAAUAUUGAAACAAAGUCCCUGUGGAUUGAAACAGGCUCAUUGUGGUGAAUCAGAUUCAAAGGACAAGCAAUUCUAUGGAAAGGAGCAGCACUGCGCUGAUAUAAUGGAUUUUUUUCCGCUGGCAGAUCCAGGAAAGCUAUUUCUAGUGUGUUUUAAAGAUAGCCGAGUCUGAGGUCACACGACAACAGGUUAUGAUCCAACAGGUUUAUUUGAAAUCACAAGCUUUCGGAGCACUUGUGAUUUCAAAUAAACCUGUUGAACUAUAAUCUGGUGUCAUGUGACUUCUGACCUUGUCCACCCCACUCCAACGCCAGCACCUCCACAUCCAAAUGAGAGGCAGUAGGCACAGGGUGAUGAUAGAGGGAUGUUUCCAUAACUAGAAGUCUAUGGGGUUCCAUAGGGCUUAGGGCUGGGGCCCUUGCUGUUUGUGGCAUAAUUAAUAUUAAGAUGUGACAGUAUAAUCAAAGUGUUUGUGGAUCACAUGAAUACUGGUAGGAUGGUAGAUCAUGAGAAGGAUAGCUGUAGACUGAAGGAUGGUAUUAACGGACUGGUCAGGUGGACAGAGCAGCAGCAAAUGGAAUUCAGCCAGGAAAAUGAGAAGUAACGUAAUUGCAAAGGGCUAAUGCAGCAAUGAAUGGUAGGGCCUUGGAAAGUAAUGGCAUUCAGAGACAAAAUGGUCUAAGUAUCCAGAAAUCCCAGAAGGUAGCAGGGCAGGUAGAUAAGGUGGAUAAGAAGGCAUAUGGGAUAUUAGAUUCCUUACAAUGUGGAAACAGGCCCUUCGGCCCAAUAAGUGCAGACCGCCCCUUGAGGCAUCCCAUCCAGAUUCAUUCCCCUAUCACCCACAAACCCCUGAACACUACAGGCAAUUUUGCAUGGCAGAUCCACCUGGCCUGCACAUCUUUGGACUGUGGGAGGAAACUGGAGCACCUGGAGGAAACCCACGCAGACACGGGGAGAAUGUGCAAACUCUGCACAGACAGUCACCCGAGGCUGGAAUCGAACCUGGGUCCCUGGCGCUGUGAGGCUGCAGUGCGAACCACUGAGCCACUGUGCCGCCCCAAUAUUUGUCUUUAUUAGCCAAGACAUAGAAUACAAGAGUAGCAAGGUUAUGCUGGAACUGCGUAAAACACUAGUUAGGCAACGUCUGGAGUGCUCUGUGCAAUUCUGGUUAGCACAUUGUGGGGAGAAUGAAAUUGCACGAGAGAGAGGGUGGAGAGGAGAUUUACCAGUACUAUGCUUGGGUUGAAGUCUCUAGGCUAUGAGAGAAGAUUGGAUAGGCUGUGGUUGUUUUCCUCAGGAUAGUGAAGGUCGAGAGGGACCUGAUAGAGGUGUGUAAGAUUAUGAGAAGCAUUGAUAGGAUGGAUAAGAAGGCACUUUUCCAUUAGUAGAAGGGUCAAUAACCAGAGAGCAAAGGUUUGAGGUAAGAAGCAGAAAGUUAAGAAGAUAAAUCUUUUCAUCCAGAGGCUAAUAGGAAUCUGGAACCCACUGCCAGAAUCUGAAAAUCCCUACGGUGUAGAAGCAGGCCAUUCAGCCCAUCAAGUCCACACUGACACUCUGAAGAGUAUCCCACCCAGACCCACCCUAUCCUGUAACCCUGCAUUUCCCAAUGCUAACACAUCUAGCCUGCUCACUAUGGCAAUUUUGCAUGACCAUCUCUUUGGAUGAUGGGAGAAAUCCAGGCAGAUACAGGGAGAAUGUGUAAACUCCACACAGGCAGCCACCCAAGGCUGGGAUUGAAUCCAGGUCCCUGGCACUGUGAAAGAAUAUGUGAGCUAGAAACUCACAUAACAUUGAAGCAGUAUUUAGAAAUUCACUUGCAUCUCUUUAGCCCCCAGGGCUCUGAGCCAAGAGUUGAUAAAUGGAAUUAGAGUGGUGAGAUUUUUGUUGGCUGGUAUGAACAUAAUGGGCUGAAUGACAUCCUUUUGUGUUGUAAAUGUCUGUGCCAGCAGAAAUUUGCUGAAAGGAAACCGAUUGCAAUCAUGCCAGCUUUAGCCUGGAGAUUAGGGUGAGGGUUGAGCAUGUGUGAGGUUAUUGCUGAGACAAUAGGGAUGAUUCUUUCUUUCUGAUAGUUGGAAUAGAGCAAUUUGAAUAGUUAUUGUAUAAAACACUAGGAACAUAGGAGCAAGAAUAGGCCAUUCGGCCCCAUGGAUCCUGUUAUGCUAUUCAAUGACAUCAUGGCUGAUCGGUGCUUACUUUUGGCCCAUAUCCCUUAAUAUAUCAGUGUUAAUAUAUCAGCUGGAUAAAAAUACGUCUGUCUCAGACUUAAAAUGAACAACUGAUCCAGCAUUCACUACCAUUUAUGGAAGGGAGUUCCAAACAUCUAAAACCCUUUGUGAUUCAAAGUGCUUCCUAACAUCUCUCCUGAAUGGCGUGGCCCUAAUUUUCCGAACUCUCCCCCUAGUUGUAGAAUCCUCAACCACUUAAUGAAAUACUUUAUCUAUAUCUGUCUUUUCCUGUAAAUAUCUUGAAGACUUCAAUCAAAUCACCUUCUCUCAAAACAAGCCGAACUUGUAUAAUCUCUCUCCCUUUCCUUUUGCCAAAUACACCUUUAUGUUCUUUUGUUAAAAGUACAUUGAUGGGUCCCCUCGAAUAUGUACAGCAGCUGUCUGCCAUGGUAAAUGAAAAGAAAAAUAAAACUAACAAUAAACCAAGUCAAAUUUAA